UAUGGCAUUAGGAAAGUCAAACCAAAACUAUUAAUUUAGUUAAAUACACAAACAAGGAAAAAGUGUAAGUGACGGGAACGUUUGGAUGUGAACGAUGCCCGUGAGACAUGAAGAACGUGUGGCAGGCACUAAUUCCCAGCACUUUACACGGCAUGUGAUGCCAUUUCCAGCCUGCACGCCAUUGGUGAUUGGAGCCCUUGUCCUCGCCGUUGGGAUUUAUGCAGAAGUUGAAAGACAGAAGUACAAAACUCUAGAAAGUGCCUUUCUAGCCCCAGCAAUUAUUUUAAUACUUUUGGGCAUUAUAAUGUUCCUGGUAUCUUUUGUGGGUGUGCUGGCUUCUUUAAGAGACAAUUUAUGCCUUCUUCAAGCAUUCAUGUACAUUCUUGGAAUCUGCUUGCUGAUUGAGCUGACUGGUGGAGUGGUGGCUCUGAUCUUCAGAAACCAGACAAUCAGUUUUUUGAACCAUAAUAUUAGAAGAGGAAUUGAGAAUUACUAUGAUGAUUUAGACUUCAAGAACAUCAUGGAUUCUGUUCAAAAGCAGUUUAAGUGCUGCGGUGGGGAAGAUUACAGAGAUUGGUCACAAAACGUGUACCACAACUGCGCGGCGCCGGGACCGCUGGCCUGCGGGGUGCCCUACACUUGUUGCAUCACAAAUAAGACAGACAUCAUCAACACGAUGUGUGGAUACAAAACCAUUGACAAAGAGCGCUUGAGUGUUCAGCACGUUAUAUAUGUCCGUGGAUGCACGAAUGCGGUGCUUAUUUGGUUUUUGGACAACUACAGCAUCAUGGCUGGCGUGCUGCUCGGCAUAUUGCUACCCCAGUUCCUGGGAGUGUUGUUAUCCCUCCUUUACGUAACUCGGGUGGAAGAUAUCAUCACCGAGCACAAGCUGAGCGAAAGACUCUUUGAAGUAGCGCCGCAGAGAUCUGCCCCCGAGUUUGCUGGAGCCGGCUGCUGCAUGUGUUACCCGGGGUGACUUCGGAAACCUCAAAUACGGUUAAAAAAAACAGGCGAAUCCACCUCUUCUGGUUUGUGCCGGCCUGUUACAGACCGCAGGUGUAAUGAAUCCGCCGGCGGGUCGGCGGCGAGCCGAUACCUCCAUAGCCUCGUCGUUCUCGGUGCGUCUGCAACCAAAGACGCGCCAGAAGAUCUCCGCGCUGCCGAGUGACGCUGCUGCGGUAUCGCAACGCUGCCGGAAGGGUGGGAUUAUGGAUCAUUAAAUUUUUUUUUUUUUUUUUUUUUUCUGAAUGAUUGCUGAGUGAUACGAAGCCGGGAAAACUAUUCCGGAAAGAUUUGAAGGUAGAUUUCUAGGGAGAGCCUUUGCACCUUGCGAUGUCGUAUUUCAAUGUUUGUCCUUUUCAACUUUAUUUUCUUACUCCUUCCAAAAAAGAUUUCUUACUGAUCUACAUGGUGAAUAUUAAAUGUGUUUAAUAAUUUUUUUUAUGCUAAUCUUGAUGAAAUUACUGACAAUAAUGGAUGUGAUGCUGAACACUUUCAUUGCUCAGUCUUUUGUGCCUUUUAAUAAUGGGGCAAAUGCCAAUGUCGGAUCAGUCAGGUAAUGCUUGAUGUAUUUUUAAUGCAAUUUAUUACUGUCUGGCUUUUGUAUAAACUUAUGGGAUGUUUGAGUCUUAUACGUACUGUAUUUUUCCUCUUUAGUAAAUUAACUAGGUGAUUUAUGAUUUUUUUUUGAGUUCUGUAUGUUGAGAUGUUUCUAAAUUUUAUUUUUCUUGUCAUAAUAAAAAUGAUUUUUUUAAUUAAAAAAAAAAGUACAAA